AUGGCAACUGAGCAGAAGGUCCAGAUUCACAGAGGCCUUCGGGAUGUGCUUAUAGACCGAACCAGGUCCAGUUUCAUUGAUGGCGACGUCGGCAAGCUUCUGUACAGAGGCUACAACAUAGACGAUUUGGCCACUAAGUCCACCUUUGAAGAGACCAUCUAUCUACUGCUUUAUAGCGAACUUCCCAACCGCGAACAGUUGGACGCUUUUGAUGCGGAGCUCAGAGCCAACCGCGCACUGCCAGAAGAGGUGUUGAGCGUCAUCAGCAUCACUCAGAAGUCUCAUCCGAUGGAUGUGCUUCGCACCGCUGUUUCAGCACUAUCUGCAUUUGACCCGGAUACUGAAGACAACUCUGCAGAGGCAACGCUUCGCAAAGGCAUCAGACUCACGGCACAGGCGUCCACGAUAGUUGCAGCACACGCACGCAUACGCGAGGGCAAGCAGCCCAUCGCUCCCAAUAGCAGCUUGAGCCACGCCAGUAAAUUUCCUGUACAUGCUUUUUGGUGA